AUGGGUAUACCCGUGCUCGGCACUAGUCUCGUCGUCUCGUACGACAUCGCAUGUCAAUGGAGCACCAAUCUAUGGAGCAGGAUGCUCCGUUACGACCCGCGAUGGAACUACGACGCUCGCACCAUCACGUUUCUCAUCCCGAAGUUCCACUUACCGGCCCAUCAAGAUAGCUGCCAGACGAAGUAUUCGUUCAACUACGUCAAGGGUGUUGGCCGGACCGAUGGCGAGGGCGUGGAACGUGGCUGGGCCGCGGUCAACGGGUUUUCUGGCAGCACGAAGGAAAUGGGGCCUGGCUCUCGUCGAGAUGUGCUCGACGAUGCCUUCGGAGAUUACAAUUGGAGAAAGGUCACUCACCUCGCGAGAACGCUCUUGGACCGCAUGAAGAGCGCUGUCAUAGAAAGCGCGGAGCAAACCGUGAUCUUCGAAGAACUUACCGCGGUGACUGAUCGAACGCGCGUCACGGAGUGGAUGCAGCAAGUCGAAGCGUGGGAGGAGGGAGCGGAUUUUAAUCCGUUUGUAGCCACACGUCAUCCUAUCACUCUUGCAGCCGUUCGGCGCGAGCUCGCUGAAGAGGAGUCCGCAGGCAUCGCCAACGGGACCCUCAUACCUCUGCAUGAGAAGGUCUCCCCAAGCGCGUUGAUAACGGCGGGACUUGAGCUAGAGGACCAUCAGUAA